ACCAGCCUUCCAAAAUUUAGUCCCACAAAACCACUCACUACUCGACUCCUCCGGAAGGUUUAGAAAAAUAAAAAAAAAUGAAAACCCAUUUGCUGUUUCUCUUCAUUAAUCUCCUCUUUGCUUUCCCCAACACCAACAUUCUCUCGGCAUCUUCGCAAUCAAUCCCCGCACUAGACCAAAAACCAACACUCGACAACGAGACCAUAUACAAAGUGUCAAAGCAACUUUGCUGGGGUUGCGUAGGCGAGGCCCUCCAGUUCUUGUUCGCUCAUAAUCUGGUCCGAGCAGCCAAAUGGGAGGCUCCGCUCAUGUGGGAUUUUCAGCUACAGCGAUACGCUCAAUGGUGGGCGAGCCAGAGACGAGCGGACUGCAAGCUGCAGCACUCGUUUCCAGAAGGCGGGUUCAAGCUAGGAGAGAAUAUUUAUUGGGGUAGCGGCACGACGUGGACGCCGAGCGACGCGGUGGGUGCGUGGGCUGGUGAAGAAAAGUACUAUGACUAUACUAGUAACUCGUGCCGGGAGGGACAGAUGUGCGGGCACUAUACUCAGAUUGUGUGGAGAACGACGAGGAGAAUCGGGUGUGCUCGUGUUGUUUGUGUCGAUGGAGAUGUGUUUAUGACUUGUAACUAUGAUCCUCCUGGAAAUUAUAUUGGCGAGAAACCAUACUGAUCAUCUUCUUCAUCAUGUUUACUACUAGUACUCCUGGGUUUUAGUUACGUAGUGAGAUAUAUACCUCUCAUAGUUAUGCAAAAGAUUAUUUUGUUAUGCUAUGUUAUAUGUAAUAUGCAUUUAGAAAAAGAAAUAGUUAUCAAAAUAUGCAA